UCACGCAAUUACGAAUUCUCACUAAUGGUGGUAGCCAAGACCCAAACAGCUGUCUUGUAAGCAGGCCGGGUAGCAUGUUUAAAUUUUAAUUUCUAUGCUGUGUUUUCUGAUGAUUUCAACACCAAGGGACAGCAAAAGGGAGAUUUUUGCAUCAUAACUCAAGGUUUGAUGAGAUGUCGCCACAAUAUUUAGCAUGAGUACCGUUUCGGGAAAAAAACCCGGCUCUGACGACUUAGCAGGAGGGUAAUUUGGUGCGUAGGAAACAUAUGGUCUAUUGAAGGCCGUCAAAACUCCGAAUGGCCGUCCCCGCCAUCGCUGCUGGUGCGCGUCGCCCGAGUCGCAUUGCCAGAGAGUGGAUGGCUGCUGCCAUACAAGCGACUGACAAAGGAGAGGAAAGGAUUGUUGUUAUCAAUGUAGGAGGAAAGAGAUUCGAAACCUACGAGCAUACACUCAACAAAUACCCCAAUACGCUACUGGGCUCUCAAGAGAGGCGACAGAGCUACUAUGAUCCUAUCAAAAAGGAGUUCUUCUUUGAGAGGCACCGUAGCUCGUUCACCGCUAUUUUGUACUAUUAUCAAUCUGGAGGGAUCCUAGAAAAGCCUUUGAAUGUUCCCGAACAUAUAUUCCUCGAGGAAAUCGAGUUUUUCCAAUUGACGGAUGUUAUGCAGAUGCAGAACGAAGAAGAGGAAAAGGAAAUCGAGCAAUUGAAAGAGGAAGAAGGGAAAAUUGAAUUACCUCAUAAUAAAGUAAUGAAAUUAAUAUGGGUGACAUUUGAAGACCCGAAUUCGUCUUAUUUUGCGAAAGGUCUAGCGAUUUUUGCGCUGUUUGUUAUUCUGUUAUCGAUUGCUGUUUUUUGUGUGGAGACUUUACCGUCGCUGGAUGAUUCGAUGCCAACGACAUCCAUCAGCCCAAAUGGGUCAACCAUAACGCAUCCAGCUAAAAACUUUAACACGAACAUUUUCUUUAUCUUAAAUGCCGUUUGUACGGCUUGGUUUACGUUUGAGUACGUAUUACGCUUUCUGGUCUCUCCCAAUAAAAUAGAAUUCCUCAAGUCAACGUUGAACAUUCUAGAUCUGCUCUCCAUUUUGCCCUUCUACAUAACCGUGAUCCUUGCCCGUACCGGCGACUUUGGUGUGUUGCGAGUGAUGCGUGUAAUUCGCGUGGCGCGCGUGUUCAAGCUCACACGUCACUCGCGAGGGCUUUACAUCCUUGGUAAGACGCUACACGCGAGUAUGAACGAGCUGCUGAUGCUGUUCCUGUUCCUUCUGAUGGGAGUUAUCCUCUUCGCCAGUGCAGCUUACUAUGCAGAGUUCCAAGAAAACCCGAAAAUGUUCAGGAGUAUACCCCACGGCUUUUGGUGGGCCGUGGUAACCAUGACGACAGUGGGAUAUGGCGAUUUAUACCCCAUCACAUUCGCAGGUAAGAUUGUAGGUACAAUGUGUGCACUGUCUGGAGUGCUUGCGAUAGCCCUGCCAGUCCCGGUCAUAGUGUCCAACUUCGAGUACUACUACAAAGAAGAAAUGCUACAAAAAGAACGCGAAGCUGCUAAAAAGAAAAAACUCGAAGACGCAGAGGCCAUCGAGAAUUCAGUUUCUUUCAAAAGUUUAAAUCAACUUAUGCCCAAGUCGCCAUUCCUUGAAAGGAAAGAGGACAGCAGGUCCAUACACUCUACGCCAGAUUCGAUGACUCGUCGGCGAGACCCCCGGCCUCCAGUGGUUCUUAAGAAAAAUGGCGCUAUGAAAAUGUCUCAUGAACCAAUACGAGAGUUUGACGAGCUUGAAUUAGUGGGUGAAAGCUCAUUGAGUCAUGAAAGGAGGCACCUAACUCCGGAAACUUUACUGUGAUGGGCGUCCAACAAGAGAUUCUUGGACUGCUGGCAUGAGAUGCGAACUGUGAUUCAACAUUUUUGGAACUCGGUGAAAUUGCCGCUUGCUUCCUUCAUUUGACAUGGCAGCUCUUUAAAAAAUAUAAUGUGUAACAUUAUACUUAUGCAUUAUACAGUGCUUUGUCUCUCUAUUCUAAUUAAGACCUCUGUUUUCUACUCAACACAGGGAAAAAUUUCCUGCUAUUAGGAAAAUCGUGUGCUGGUGGCGUAUCUUACAAAAUUUGUGGUCCUUCAUCUGAGGUACCUCAAGUAAAUCUUCGCGUUUGGCCUAAAUGUUAAGUUCUAGGAAAAUGUUUUGUUCUAGGAAGUAUUCUUGUCAACACAUUCUAGCUAAAAUAAUUGAUCAAUGGACUAAGGAUAAAAGAAGCGGUGAUAUAAUUACCUGCUAAAUGUUACCUUUAUUUCAAGGGGCUAUGUCAUGUGUUACUCAUAGAGUUGUGUGGUCCUCCUUGUUCACAAUGUCGAACCUCACUUAUAUCAGGAUGAAUACUGAACAAAGCGCGACCUACGAAAGCUCAUGGCAUAGCCGCUAGCUCCUUAAUUCUACACAAAAUAUUUAUUAAUGGAUUAGCGGAGGCGAGAAGGGAAGUCCCCUUCUAAAGAGAAGUCCCCUUAGCUUCCAUGAGGACUUUCAUUUUAUGUCGAAUGUUUUAUACAUAUUUAUUAGAGGGUCUGCGUCGAAGCAAAAAACUAAUGAAAGCGCUUUUGGCUAAUGCUUGUAUUUCUAUAAAGUCUAAAAAUGGGAGAUGGGCUAUCAUUGUAUGUUUUAAAUCGUUAGUAUCGACAUGCCUUAUUGCCCAAUAAUAAUUAAGGCUGUUUAUAAUAUUUCUUACAAUUUUUAUACCAAUAAUGAUGACAUAAUGAUAACCGUAGAACGGAGGUAUUUCCAAAUUAUUUGUAUUAGUAUAAUAAAAAAUUCCUUGAUAUAAAGAAAAGAAUAAAAAGUCAUAUUUAAUGUUGA